ACUAAACAUGUUAAAAUUAAUCUGAUAAUUUAUCAACUUUUACUCUCUCACAGUUUUAAUAAUACAGGGCAAUUUAUCUUCCUCUUUCUUUUCUCGUCUCUCUCUCUUUAUCUUCAUCAUUUACUUUCUAUCAGUGAAUGUGUAUGUGUGUUUGUCUGUGUCUCCCUUUCUCUCUUUCCAUUCAUCUCUUUUGAUAAUCGUGUUGAUUUUUUGUUCUAUUCGAUGUUAAUUUUUUCUUCUUUUUCUCCUUCUUCUUCUUGUUUAUUACUCUUUUCCUCUAAAUCUUUCUGUCAUUGAUUCGGUGUGUCUGUUGUGUUAUUUUCAUUCACCUCUUUUUUCUUCUCAUCCAAUUAUUUAUAUAUUUUUCGAAUCGUAAACAACAACAACAACAACAUCUUCCUCAUCAUCAUCAUCAUCAUCAUCGUUUUUCUUCUGUCUGGUUCUCUUAUUUUUACAGGGUGGAAAGAAAAGUUUUCCUUUUUUUUGGUUUAUUCUUAGAAAACAACAACAAAAUCAAAGAGAAAAAGAAUCUUCUUCUCCAAUUAAUUUAAUUCUAUUCUCUUAGUGUUCUUCUUAUAUAUUUUCCCUCUUUCUCUCUCUAUCUCUUUGUGAGUGGAUUUUUGUUUGUUUGUGAGUGAGUAUUUUUCCAUCUCCUGCCACCUUAAUGCCAUUCAUUUUAAAAGCGUGUUUACUUAAAUAUAAGCGAACUAAAUCAAUAAAGGAAAGAUUUUUUGUUCUACAUUCACCAACACCGAUUUCAGCAGCAACAACAACAACAAUAACAUCAUUAACAUCACCAAUAAGCAGCACAAUUUUCCCUUCCAAUGGCAGUGAAAACGGUAAACCACCAGCUCGAUUAGAGUAUUAUGAAAGUGAAAGAAAAUUUCGCUCUGGGUCACCUUGUAAGGCUUCCAUUAUACUUAAAGAUUGUUUCAAUAUAAGCCGGAAACAUGGAACCAAAGAAACUGAUCAUAUAAUGUUCAUCUUUACAAAGGAAGAUUGUUACACUUUCUAUUUUGAUGAUGAAAGAAAUUUACUUGAUUGGUUUACCCUUCUAAUUGAAUUAACCGAAAUACACCUUAAAUCAUCACGUUAUCAAAGAGUAUGGCAGGUAACCCUACCCAAGAAUCAAAAUACUGAGAGAGAAAAUUUAACCGGAACUUAUAGACUUUGUCUAACCAAUGAUAAAAAGUUACACCUUGUCAAGGUUGCACCAAAUGAACUUGAACCAAUCCUUCAUGAGUUACCACUUUCCUGUGUUCGUCGUUUCAGUCAUAAUAAAAAAUAUUUCAUCGUUGAACUUGGACGUGGAGCUGCUAUUGGAGCGGGUAAUUUGUGCAUGUUAACGGACGAUGGAGCAACAACCCAUGAUAUCCAUGAAUCCAUAUUAAGAGUAAUUGACUACCAACCAACAUUCACAUUAAAUAAGGUCUCAACCAAUGGAUCACUUCAAAAUCUAAGAACACCAAUUCACCAUUCAGUCUAUGAUUCGGAAACAACAUUGCGACCAAGAAGUGCAUCUACCAGUGAAUGUUGUCGACCCAUUUCAUUUAGAGGACGUCGGAUAAGCCGGGAAAAUACAAUCGGCGGCGGGAUGAGUAAUCCUCAGCCCAUACCAAUAGGAAUACCAAUUAACGGGGGCAGUAAUGGUUGCUCAAGCCACUCCAGUGGUCAAUCUUCCCAAUCACAUUCACUCACCUCACCAGGUUCCUAUUACGAUAAUGACGAGAUGCAGGAUGAUGGUUACGUUCCAAUGAAACCUCUUGAUCUUUCAUCGUCCGAGGCACUUGAAUUAAGUGUUAAUAGUUACAAAUCAUCAAUUGAUUCACCAACAAUAUUUAACGCUUCGUCAGAUUUAUCACCAACCACCACUGGGAUAUUGAGACACUGAAAAAAGGAAGAAGAUAUAUAAACUUAUCUAUUAUAUUUUUCUCUUUCGAUAUUUUGUGUUUUUCUUUUCGAUGUUUUUUUUUUGUGUUUUUCUUCCUCCAUUUAAAGUUAAUUAAAAAAAAAUUGAUCAACUUUUUUUCUUUUACAAAAAAAACCAAAA